UCAACAGAAACAUAGAAAGAGACUAUGAUACAUGUUAUUAGUCGACUAUGUUACCUAACAUCUAAUAAUAAAGUUUCUAAAAUAAAAGGAAUACUUUGAAGUCACAAAGGCCUAGGAAUACCGAUAUGGUGAACACUGCAGCAGACUGGUAAAGACCAAAAUUAAAAGCCUAUUCAGUUUGUUGGAAGAUGCGGUGUAACCCCCUUUUAAUUAAUUGACUUUGUACAUAAUGUACCUCAGUUUUCAUCACCGAAAGGCUUCAUCUCUGACACGUUUCUGGUGAGCUCAUCGAAUUUGAAUCUGAGUCGUCGAAAAUUGUUUCGCUUUAUAUUACCCACGUUUGAUGAGAUCUGACUGAAAAACUCUCGUGAAACUCUCUCCCCCUAACUCCAAAUGACUCACAAAACAAUAAACUGUUUGAAAAAUACUUAACAUCUCUUGGCUUGCUCUAGUAUUUCUGUUGUUUCAAGUCUUUAAAGCUUAAGGGAACUGCUUACCUUUUAAUGCUUCGUCAUCAAUUUCUAAAGUCGGUGUGAUGUCACUUUGAUGUUUAACUUCAAUAACACUUCGCGCCAUUUUUAAAAACUGGAAAACUUAAUUCUGUACAAAUUUGAAAAAAGGAAUCAAAUGGAAUCAGUGCAGUUAUAACCUGAUUUCCAACAAUAUCAUCAACAUGGUCUUUUUGCAUAAUUUCUUAAUUCCUAGAAGCUUCUGUCCUUAAAACAAUGCCAAUGGUAUAAAUAACUAGGGGUCUUUCCCUAUUUAUAGAAACAUCUGCCCUUGAAACAAUAACUUUCUAAAUUAUGCCAUAGUAUAAUUAAUUGGGAGUCUUUCUCUAAAUUCUUAGAAACAUCUGUCCGUGAAGAAACAACUUGCUGAAUUAUGCCAUAGUAUAAUUAAUUAGGGUUCUUUCUUUAAUUCCUGGAAACAUUUGUCCUUGAAACAACAGCUUGCUGAAUUAUGCCAUAGUAUAAUUAAUUGGGGGUCUUUCCCUAAUUCCUAGAAACGUCUGUCUUGAACAAUACCUUUCAAAUUCCCCAUCCAUACGUUCCUUUUUUUUUUUUUUUUUUUUUGAAAUAACCAAAAAUAGGCAUGUAUAUUGAGUUUCCAAUGAAAUGAUUCCUUGAUUGUGGUAUGUUUCUCAGAGGUGUUCGAAAAUAUCCCGACAGUUUGUUUUCGUUUUGUGGUUCUGUGGUUACUGGUCACGCGUGACAGACACCCAAUACAUUCUAAUUUUUAACGCAUGCUCAAUAUGAAAUGUUGAGGCGGCUGGCAGUCUUCUUUAACUAGGAAACGCCACGCAGGCAUGGACAUCCAACAAGUGUAUGGAGGUCCGUGUGAUUUGAUUUUGGUAGUCAGUGAUGGUAAAGAGUUCAAGGCUCACAGAAAUGUUCUUUCCGAAGCAAGUCCAUUUUUUGAUAAGCUUGUCAACUGCGAUAUGAAGGAAAAGAAGGAAGGAGUCGUUCGACUGGAAAUGUUCACCGAUGCUCAAAUGGCAGAUGUCCUGGAGUUUAUUUACAACGGCGACAUUCAAAUCUUCACCCGAGAAGAUGCCGAGAAUCUUUUUGUAGCAGGAGAUUACCUACUUCUUGCGAAACUUAAAUCUAUCGCUGCAGAGUUUCUCGCAAAAGCGUUGUCAACUUUCAACUGCGUUUCAACUUUCCACAUUGCGAAUAUGUAUUUUUGCGAGAAGCUGAUUUGCAGCACCCGGAAAUUCAUCCUUUCAAACUUCACUGCUGUCGCAGCGACGGAGGACUUCAUGAACUUAACAAGCCACGAACUGGAGGAAUGGAUUGCCAGCGACGAAAUUGUGAUCAGCGCCGAGGAAGAGGUUUUUACGAUCAUUCUACGCUGGAUUAAUUGCACCAGAAGCGAACGAAACGUAGAAUUUGGCAAGCUCUUUCGUCAUGUGCGCCUUAACUUUAUCGCGCGUGACUUUUUGCUCAGUGAUGUCGAGACCAAUGAUCUUGUGAGAGAAACCAAGGAAUGCUUCGAUAGCGUGACUGAGGCCUUAACGAGGCUUGAUGAUGCUUGCGGUUGUCUUGCUCCUCGACCAGAAUCUCGGCCUAGGAAAUCCCUUGAGAUUUGUGGCAUCGUAAUGACUGGAAAGGCGGCGUUCUGCACAUUUUUCUACGUUCCUGAAAAAGACCAAUUUUAUCGUUUACACAAAAGAGACCAGCCAAAGAGUUUGCCGAAGCACGCACAUGCAAUUUCUUGCCGUGGUAAACUGUUCCUUGUUACUGAAGACAUCAUCAGUACACAGGUUUAUGAUCCAUCAUUUAACCGCUGGUCUCCAGCUCCGUGGACAAAAUUCGGUACACACUUGAAAAUGAUCCCUGGGCUUCAAAUCCUUACAGCGGUGUUAGUUGUUGGAAAUGAAGUCUGUUUUGUUGUGGAAGAAAGGGGAGAGGAUUUAACGUGGCUCUGGAGAUUCAACCUCGAUUUGAAUUCUGUCAUUGCACCAACACAUCCCGUUGAUAAAAAGUCUGUCUGUGCUGUGGCUUGGGGCAGGCAUAUCUACAUCAUCGGUGGGUCAAAAGAUCUUGAAGCCUUGAGGCAGUGCUCACGAUUCGAUACCAUGGAAAACAAAUGGCAGGAGGUAUCGGGUUUGCCCUAUGGGAGGUACGGAGCUCAUGGAGUCGGCACAAAGGAAAAGAUAUACAUUGCUGGAGGUAGUGAUGAGUGGUCUGAACCUGUGUUUAGUUGUGAAGUCCACAAUGUGUUUAGUAAUGAGUGGAGUCUGAUUGGUAGUUUAAGUUGCCCUAGUGUGAGAGGCAUGGUAGUCUGCAAUGAGUUGUUAUAUGUGGUUAGUGCCAGCAUGGUUCCUUACAUCCAAUUUCUCAAAUUAGAGAUUGAGUGCUACGAUUAUGAAAAGGAUGAAUGGACAGUUAAGAAGAGCAUUUAUUGCAACGCAGAUGUAGCCAUUAAGGGGAAGGCCUCAUCAUUUAGUUUUUUUAAAGGAGAUCUUGACAAAUUGAAGCCCUUUCAUGAAACUGGGUUGAAUUUCACUAGUGGUGAUACAGGGUCUAUGUUCACUGAUCACCAUUAUAAUUGGGAUCAUAUACUCGAGUAUUAUUAAGUGAAGGGGACUCUCAGAGACCUGGCGUUAGCACGCAAUGUGACACCCUAAAAUCAAGUGAAUAAUGAAUAUAUUUCUUUGUUUCUUUUCUGACGGUUCAGAUUUCAGAGCUUUCUUCAGAGGUCGAGUCCUUGUAUAAAAGUGUAAGGAAAAUUAAGGGAAGCUCCUUGCCAUUAGGGUACUGUCACUGUGCUGUACUGUACUUUACUGUACUGUAACAGAAAGGUCAGCGUAAAAGACGUUUCUUUGUGGAUCAUAUGUUAUGAUUUGAGGGAUCUGACCGUCCUUAAGCCAUUUUUUUCACUACACUUUGGUUUUUACUUAAAUAAUUUGCAUGCAAGUUUACUAGGCUUUCUCACUAGGAAAAAAAGACUGUUUGAAAUGUUGGCUAGCUGUUUUUUUUAAUAGUCCACUGUUAAUAGUAAAAAGAACAGAAUAACAAAACUGAUCUGUUGAUAGAGUUUUGUCCAAAAAGGGAGACAAAAGGAUAACAGCAAUUGUAAUAUAGCGGUAAUUUACACAGGCUCAGUGCUACCUGUUAUUGGUUGACUUGUGGUCAUGUGGUCUUGGUGAAAUCGAACUGGCAACCUGUUGUAUAUUGUAUUAUACUGGUUAAAUAGUACUUAAGAUAUUCCUUUUACAGUUUGAUUAGCCUUUAAUUUCUCAUUUAAACCUAUUGUACACCGUUCUAAAACUAAUGGUAGAUGCGGUAGUCCAAAAAAAGCGAUUAAAGGCAUCAUAAGCGUA